GCCUAAGCGGACGGGGGACGGGACGGGCAGCUCAACAGGGGACGAAAAGGGACAGGGGCGGGGCGGGUCCUUCAGGAAUCUGCCGGAAACCUGUGGCAUGCCUUAUGUGUCUUACAAUCAGAUGCUUUGCAACUUGACAGUAAGGUCAUUGGAAAUGAGUCAUACAGAUGAUGCAACACCUACUGGACAUGCAGCCCGCACCCUAUCUGAAGAAGAUAGACAAAAACUUAAGAAGCAGGACAGCCGGUUGGUUUCCUCAUUUCAAGCCCUCCAACUAGAGAAGAAUGCCAAAAAGCACUGGGAUCUCUUUUAUAAACGGAAUGAAACUAGAUUUUUUAAAGACCGUCACUGGACCACGAGAGAGUUUUUUGAACUUGUAGGUUCCGCUGAUGAAACUCGAACUCUUUUGGAAGUCGGAUGUGGCGUUGGGAACCUCAUUUAUCCCUUAAUUGAAGAGGGAAUGAACUUUUUUGUAUACGCUUGUGAUCUGUCGCCAAGAGCAGUAGAUUUUGUCAAAUCAAACGAAAAAUAUGAUGAGACCAAAAUGAAAGCUUUCCAGUGUGAUAUUACAUCAGAAGAUAUUUUUACUGUCAUACCCGACAACUCUGUGGACAUUGUUACAUUAAUAUUUGUUUUGUCUGCAAUCCACCCAGACAACUUUGUUGUUACCUUAAGUAAUAUUUUUAAGAUCUUGAAGUCAGGAGGAUUAUUACUGCUUCGUGAUUAUGGUUUAUUUGACAUGGCUCAGCUUCGGUUCAAACCAGGGAAUAAAAUCUCAGAUAACUUUUACAUGAGACAAGAUGGAACAAGGUCAUACUUUUUUUCUGAAGAAUGUCUAAAGGACUUAUUGGUCCAAUGUGGGUUUGAAGUCAUAGAAAACUCUUAUGUUCAAAGGAAGACAAUUAAUUUAAAAGAAGAUAUCGAUGCUGAUAGAGUUUUUAUUCAAGGAAAAUACCGCAAACCUCCUGUAGAGCAGGCAUAAAUUUAAAUACAAUAAAUUAUUUUCUCAAGCCCAUCCAAAA